CCAGGUGUCUUUUGGCAACUGGGGGGGAGAGAGGAGCCAGGCAGCCGGGCGCAGCUGACCUCUGACCUGCAGCGGUGCAUCUUCCAUGGGGCGGAACACCUGCGCCGACACGCUGAGGUACGGACAGCGCAGGUCAUGCAGGCGGACUCUGCGGACACCACCACCGGCAUCAUCGCCCAGCAAUGGAAGCGGAUGCGGCGAGACCUGGGCGACUCGGCCAACCACAUGCUCAUCUCGGACCCCGCACAUGCCCAGAAGGUGCUGGAGGGCUUCCACGCACUGCGGGCAGACAAGGUCUUGUGUGACUUUGUCAUUGUGGCAGAGAAGCAGAGCUUUGCCGUGCACAAGGCCGUUCUGGCGUCAAGUAGCGACUACUUCAAGGCCCUCUUCGCGGGGCUUUCCAAAGACUGCAAGCUGGAUAAGAUUGAACUACAGGGGGUGACAGCGGCCGGACUGUUCGCGGUGGUGGAGUAUCUCUACACUUCAAACCUCACCCUGAGUCUGGGGAAUGUGGAGGAAGUGCUGGUGGCUGCCAACAUCCUAGUCAUCCCCUCCGUCAUCAAACUCUGCUCCGAGUACCUCAACCAACAGAUAGCGUCCAACACGUGCAUGGAAGUCGCCAGCAUCGCCGCCAUGUUCAACCUACGCGAAACCAAAGACUUGGCCACAAAGUGCUUCAUCCAACAGUUCCAGGACCUCAGCCUGGAGGAGAUUCUGGACGUGCUAGAGAGCGACCAGGAGUUCGCCUUCCCGGAAAUGACGCUCUUCAGAGUCGGACUCAUGUGGCUCAACCGCGAUCGGGAGAACCGAAUGCAGCACGCGGCCACGCUCAUGACGAAAAUUCGCUUCCCCCUCAUUCCCGCCUCGGACUUGGUGGAGCACGUUCAGACCGUAGACUUUAUGAAAAACGAACCCGUGUGUCAGAAACUGCUUCUGGACGCCAUGAACUAUCAUCUCAUGCCGCUGCGGCAAGUGGUGCUGCAGUCGGCGACCACGAGACUCAGAUGUCGCAAGCAGGCCAUCCUGGCCGUCGGAGGAAUACCAAAGGCCGGUGACCAGUCUGUCAACAACCCUCUGCACUUCUACAACGAGGAGAAGCGAGCGUGGGUGCCGCUGACCGUCAUGCCGUACAAGACUGGACACCAGUGUGUGGCCGUCAUCAACAACUUCCUCUUCGUGGCAGGUGGUGAGGACAGAUGGGACCCUGAAGGGAAGUACAGUGUGAACUCCGUCAGCCGCUAUGACCCCAGGUUCAACACCUGGCUCCAGGUGGCACCCAUGAACGAGAGACGGUCCUGUUUCUACAUGGGCAGUGUGGACGGCCAUCUCUACUCCAUAGGAGGCAGAAAUGCAGAUGGAUAUGUCGCCAGCGUGGAGUGUUACAGCCCUGACAAAAACGAGUGGAAACAUGUCACCAACAUGGAGAAGCCUUGUGCUGCUCAUGCAGGGACGGUGUGCGACGGGAAAAUCUUCAUAUCAGGAGGGGCUGUGUAUGGGGACUUUGUGAACACCAUGAGCACCUAUGACCCCACGGAGAACCAGUGGGACAACAAGGCUGUGAUGGGGACCAAGCGAGCCCACCACACCAUGGCUACUGUCAGGGACAAGAUAUAUGUCAUUGGUGGGAACCAUACAAAGGGUAACCAGUGUAUAGAUGUGCUGAUUGUGGAGUCUUACUGCCCAGAGGACAACACCUGGUCUACAGUAGCUCCCAUCAUGGAGGGUCGGACAGGGCCGGGCAUCGCUGUGCUCGAUCGCAAGGUGUUUGUAGUGGGUGGGUACAGCUGGAAUCCCCUGUGA